GUGUGCCGCAGGCCCACUUCGAAGCGGUGCAGCUGCAGCCAAUCCACAUGGUAUUACACUUCUGAACACCUUCAAAUCGAUUGGUCACGCCACCGAAAAGAAUGUGUUCUGGCAACCCAUUCCACAAUUUUUGCCAUUCUGCCAGCUGCUGAGCAGCAAGUGAUCACAUGUUCUGCUGUCCUCUUCUCACCUGAAGAAGGGCACCCAAAUAUCAUUACGGUCGGGUGCCGUCUGUCUAAUGCCUCGUCGGAUGGUAUACACCACAAACCUCUUGUUAGUGGACAUUUUUUAGAUGGCCAAGUGGAAAGCAUUGUCUUGACGCAAGAUUUCAAUGGAGAACCACUCAGAUUUCCCCUUCAUUUGUGGUACCUCCCGACUGCACUAUUGCCUUGCACACACAUUCACCAUGCCAUUUUU